AUGGUGACUGUUUAUUGCCUCCCAAACAGAACGCUUCCUCCUGGGCGAACUCUGGAUGCCAGUACAGCUCCAGAGGUUAUGACAUAUCUGGGUACUGAUUGUUCCUCUGGAUCAGAUUCCUCAUAGGUUCUGGUUCGGAGGACAGUAAACUAGCUGAACAGCAGAUAAACAUUUGGGAAGCUUGGCCUUCUGCCCAGGGCCUGAACUAUCACAUAUAAAAAAGCCCUUUGUCCUUUGUCCUUUUAAAAAAUGAAGCUUGUAUGCUCAGUUCAGACAUGGUGUGACAUCACAGCUAUUAGACGCUGAUCUGCAAACUAAAAGCCAUUUUUCAAAGAAUAAUCCUUGGGACUGAAGAAGACAGGAAAUUUUCUGUUAUCUAACAUCUAGGUCUAGCAGCACCAGAAUCAAGCCACUUAUGUCUAGCUUCUUACCAUUUCAAGUAAGCCAAAAUUUCUACGUAUUUCUUUUACUUACACUGUACAUUACUUUAUGUAAAUGUCAGGGAACUGCCAUCGGCUCAGGGGGGAGAGGGGAAAAGCUGGAUGGAUUACAGAGAGCCCCCAAAGAUCGUGGGAAGCAGCUCCUCCUCAGCGGAGGAGAGUAACCACGCCUCCAGCGGAGAGGAGCUUCAGGGCUCGGAGGAGGCGAGGCGGUGCCAGGACACCUUGCCUGGGCAAAGCGGGGAGGAGAGAGGUCCUCCAUUACCCACGCCCUCCUUGCGCAGUAAGCUUUCCCGCCGAGAGGGGAGGCACAGAUUGGGCGUCAAGAAACAGCUUUGCUGGGAAAGGUUUAAGGACCGCCCACUCACGGAUUCUGCCAGUGAAUGAGCCAGCCAUGGGAGAGUGGCGCUCUGGACAGAUAAAGUUAAUUUUGGCAUCAAAAGCAAGGCUUCACAGCCGAGCAGGGAGGCAUUUGCCUGCUUGCUCUUAAGCAACUCAUUGGAACCCUAACAGUAAAUCAUUGCCAUAUGGUUUCAAAUGAUGCUUAAAAUGUAUGCCUCAAAAAACUUUUUAUACUAUUUUGGAAAUAAUAUCUUUAGGUUAAUAUUUUUUUUUACUCUCAAGAGCAAGAUCUGGAGUGUUAUCAUUGUUCAUAGUCCCAUUCCACAGAUCUGUGCACUUAGAUGUGAGGCAUGUACACAUAUAUUCACCAAAUAGAUGGCAACACUACAGCAAACUCAUCCUCCAAGUGGUGAUCCUUAGGUAGCCAAUAUGACAUUAUUCCACACACAAGGAGGAGGCAUCAGCAGAAGUACAAAAAAGCAAGAAAGUACAAAAAGUCUUGGACCGAUGUGGACUCAACAUGUUCAGUGGCCACAGAAUGCUAAGUGUCUGUUGGCAGGGACAUAGAAGAUGGGGGGAUGGAAUGGAAAAGGCCAUGACUGGCUUUUUGAAGCACUUUACACAGCAACUUUUUUUUCUUUUCAAUUUCCACAUGUGAUUCUAUGAUUCAAAGGAAUGUCACAGGGACCCAAUCCAGCAAGAAUUACUCAGAAUACUCUGGAUCAGGACAUUUUUCUUUUAUUAUGUUGGCUGUGUUUAUAAAAACACUGCGCUAUAUUGUUGUAGUCAAUACUGUUCUAAUUUCUGGCAGAAACAUUUGUGGCAAGUGUUAAACAAUUAUUGACUGCAACUAUAUAACUCAGCAGUCUUAUAAUUUUAUAUAGUUUACUUAAAGCAUGGGGAGCUUAUCCCCUAAAACAGAUAUUUUAGAAGAUUGUUGUCCAGUCAGUGCCGGAUUUAUGUAUAUACUAAACAAGCUAUAGCUUUGGGCCCCACUCUCUUGGGGCCCCCCAAAAAAAUUAAAGAAAAAAAACCUGGAUGUACAUUUCCAAAAUAUAAGAUAAAAAACAAAUAAAAUAAAACCUACAUACAGCAACAGUGUUGUGUGGUGUGUAGGCUCCUAUGAUGUAAGUAAUGGGCCCUGUCUGCUAGCCUGCUCCCUAAAAUAUCACUGGUUUGUUCAUUUCUAUAUCAAUUACUUUUAUAAAAUACAUAUUUUGUUAUGUGCAAAUGGCUUUAGAUACCUAUUAGGUCCAUAAAUUACCAUCUAGCAUAUAUUCAGCACAAAAAACAGCGACAAUUUGUUGUUGACAAAGGACAGAUGGACAUAUAAAGGGCCCCAUUACCUUCAGUAGCUUAGAGUCUCAUCAAACCUAAAUCUGUCCCUGAUCCUAGAGUAACAGAAAAGAGAAGAAAAAAGGAUUAGCAUUAGCAUUUAGACUAAGUGCACCAUAGUAUGAGGCCUGGCCAGCAAUGGAUGCUGUGUGGCUUGUAAUCUUUUCGUACAACCUGGACUGGAAUUGCUCUAAGCUCUGGUGAAGUGGAACACACAGAGCACGGCCUUGAUUCCCUUUACGUCACAGUGGGAGGAAUUCAGUGUAGCACUGAGCAGAUCAGUCCAACAACACAAUCAUUUGCCUUCUCCUGCCUGCUGUUCCAAGGUUUCUCUUGACCCCCCAGAGCCAAUUUGUGAUCUGUGGAAGACGCCCAUGGAGAGUAGAGAGGAGGAAAACCUUAAGGCACUAGCAGAAGUCCCUAUGCAGGCUUCUAUCGGUGUGACUCAUUGAUAGAAUCCUGCCCGAUCCUUACUAUCUUUUGGUGCUGGGGCUACUGGCUUCUUGUUUUUCUUGCCACUUUGGUAAAGGAGAAGCAAUGAUUCCAUGUAUCAUGUGGCUGACUGGUAAUGAAGGGAUGUAAUCAAAUGCCAGUUCUUCUCUGAGUAAACCCAUUAAAACUAAUGGACCUAAGUUAGUCAGGCUCACUAAUUUCAACAGGUCUACUCAGAGUAGGAUUAGCACUGAAUACAACCCAAAGAGUUUUUAUUUCAGGCCUUUGUUAGUGUUGUGGAAUCAUCACAUUAAAUGCAAACAGAGAUUCCUCAUUGGCUAGACAGGUGCACUCUGUGUAUGCUCAUACCAUUUAUUUCUGAGGCUCAUAAUUCUAAAUCACAUCUGCCCCUGCUCUGUUUAAGCUCUGUAGGCUGUGUCAUGCUUUGAUUGGGUAGAAUAUUGCGCACACAUUUUCCUUUUCAGGAAACUGAUCCUGUUUUGUUUUCUAAAUAAAAAUAAAAGAUAAAUUAAAUUGCAAUUCUUCCUGCAUUUUGUCACAGUGAGGACUUCAUAUCAUCAGAGUCUCCCACUGCACUUUACAAGCCUGUUGUUGGUUUGAGUACCACAUUCCCAAAUGUAGAGACAAUUAAUAUUUUUAAACCUCACCCAUAUCAAGUGUGACUGGUGAAAGAUUGUUCAACACCCUUAAAAGAGUCCAUUACUAACGUUCGACUAUAACUCAAGAUCAUUGAAUGAGCUAAACCAUUUUAGCAUUACAAAGGUCUGCAUUACAAAAUGUAGGUUAUGACAGAUUAAUUGGCAAUUAUUAUGCAUUUAGCUCCAUCAUAACUUUGGACAUAGUCUUGUUUAUUUAGGUGAACAAACAGGAUCCUCCCAAAAGGACUGAGCACAGGACCCUGUGGGCCGUGAAUCUGCCACUGAACAGCAUUUUUUCACCAAUAAAUGAACCAGCUUAAGUAUUUGUAUUAUUUUAAUUUAGGGAUAUAAAUGUAAUGUAAACAUAUGUUAUUUCAGAUCAGUUUUCUUGGAAAGUAUUAAAGUGAACAAGCUGGAUAUAGCAAUGGAAUGCAAGCAAUGGUUACUGUUGGUUGCUGCCCUGUGCUUAGGAUCUGUCUGUUCCCAAAAUAGAAGACAUCCACCAUGUAAGUAUAUAUUGCAUAUAAUAUUUGUUUCUUAAUAAGCAAAAGAAGCCGAGUUAGUGACGAACAGCAAAGCGACAAAACAACAGGCAAAUGCAGUCAUCUAUAAAUUGUUAGUAAAAUAAUUCCCAUAGAAGAAAUUAUUAUUUUCUUUCUCUCUAUGUGAGGUCAACUGAGGAUAACCUUGAGUGCCACUGUUGUAGUCCAUAAAUUGCUUUAGGCAUUCUUAUUAUAGCUUCAUAAACCCAUGCUACAGUGCCAUGUCCUAUAGACACCCACCCAACCACUGUCACCAUUACUGUUGACAAAGAGAACAGAAGACAAUCCACACUUGCUGAUCAAACAUUGGUUUCUAUAAAAUGAUAAUGUUGGCACCAAAGACAAGGAGACUGUACAAGCCCCUGUGAGGCAGGUAUCUUAUGGAUGUGCAGCAGACUUCUUGCUUGUUGUAAUGUUAAGCUCCUGUUACUUAUAGGCUGCAUUUGCUUAUCCCAAACUCUCACAUUAAAGCUCAACCAGUUACAGCCAGAUAGACUCUUCACAAUAGGAGAUAGGAGUCUUGUGAAUUGGUUGAGAUAUUUUGAAUCCAUGAAGAAAUGCAAAGUAUUAAGGGACCACAUGAUUUAUUUUCUAUAAAGCAGCUCACAACAUGACACACCAACUGUCCACCCCACAUUUGGUUACUUUACAAUGGAAUGGUAAAUAUGGUUGCUCCAAAUGUACCAAUUCCUUCCAAACAGAUGCAUGCCAAUGUCUGAUGGAUGUCCAGGCUAGAAAGAGGUGUGAUUCCACUUCUGCAGGCAUCACUGCAGAGCAAUGCACGGAAAAGGGCUGCUGCUUUGAUGCAACUGUGCCUGAUGUCCCAUGGUGCUUCAAACCUUCUGGAGAAAGAGGUAAAUGAUACACAAAAGGUUUGGGGGAGGAAUGGGAAGUAGCUAGGGACAAGGUAGAAAUUAGAUUCGUAUCACAUGACCUAAUCCACACUUUCUGCAACAAUAUGAGAACCAAAACACAGCUGUCCAAAUUUUGCAAACAAUUCCUCCAGUUGUUCACUCUGGAUUCAUGAAUUUAGUGAAGGGCAGGCAUGAAAUGGAAUAGCUAAAAUAACUAAAGAUGUGCUCCUCAUGCUUCCUGGGGGAGGCAUUUCAGAGCCUGGUUGCCACCACGGAGCAGCUGGUCUCCUGUGCCAUUUUACAGCACACUUCAAAUAAAGAAUGCACUUGGAGCAGGGCUUUGCAUCUUAACACAUGGGACACGCUGCAGUGGGAAGAGGCAGUCCUUCGGCUGUUUGGGCUCUGUGCCAGGGGGUGGGGUCUAAGCUCCAGGACCUUGAUUUAGGUCCUUGGAUUUUGGUUUUGAUGAGCUUCAUUUAAGCCAACAAGGAGUUAUUUCUCAACCUAGGCUGAAAGCAACAUUACAAGCUGCCUAAAACAUGGCAUAUGGUUUCCAAUAGCUUCACUCCGAUAUGCAAAGAGAAUGACUGAACCGCAAGCAAGAGUGGACUGUGGCUAUCAAGGGAUCACGCGCAAGAGGUGCAAAAGGAUUGGGUGCUGUUUUGACCGAAAGGCUUCUGACACAUCAAUGUGCUUCUAUCCCCCAGUGAAUGAGGGUAAUGACUUUGUGUUUAUAUUCUCCGAAUUCAAGAAGAGAUAUAUAAGCCCAUUCACAAUCAUGUUCCUUUAAGUUCUUAUGUAACCUGGUGUCACGUAAACAAUCAAUAGCUUUGUCACAAAUAUGUUGUUGUUGUUGUUGUUGUUGUUGUUGUUAUUAUUAUUAUUAUUACAGUGGUACCUCGGGUUACAUACACUUCAGGUUACAUACGCUUCAGGUUACAGACUCCGCUAACCCAGAAAUAGUACCUCGGGUUAAGAACUUUGCUUCAGGAUGAGAACAGAAAUCGUGCGGUGGCAGCGGCGCGGCAGCAGUGGGAGGCCCCGUUAGCUAAAGUGGUACCUCAGGUUAAGAACAGUUUCAGGUUAAUAACGGACCUCCGGAACGAAUUAAGUACGUAACCAGAGGUACCACUGUAUUAUUAUUAUUAUUAUUAUUAUUAUUAUGAUUACACCCCGUCCAUCUGGCUGGGUUUCCCCAGUCACUCUGGGUGGCUUACAGCACAUGUAAAACAUAGUAAAAUAUCAAACAUAAAAAAACUUCCUGAUACAGGGCUGUCUUCAGAUGUCUUCCAAAAGUUAUGUAGUUCUUUAUUUCCUUUACAUCUGAAGGGAGGGCACCACUACUAAAAAGGCCUUCUGCCUGGUUCCCUGUAAUUUCACUUCUCACAGUGAGGGAACCAGCAGAAGACCCUUGACGGAGGACCUCAGUGUCUGGGCUGAGCAGUGAGGAUGGAGAGGCUCCUUCGGAUAUACUGGGCCGAGGCUGUUUUGGGUUUUAAAGAUCAGCACCAACAUUUUGAAUUGUGCUUGGAAACGUACUGGAAGCCAGUGAAGAUACUUUAGGACCAGUGUUAUAUGGUCCUGGUGGCCACUCGCAGUCACCAGUCUAGCUGUCACAUUCUGAAUUAUUUGUAGUUUCCAAGUCACCUUCAAAGGUAUCCAAGCGAGAGAUAACCAGGGCAUGAACCUAUUGAGGACUGGUUAAUGGAAAAGGAGAGUUCCUGUUCCACAGCCUGUUUCUUCCCCAAGAGAGCACAAGGCAGGCAACAGUAAGCCUCACUGGCUGAGGAUAGCUCAGUCAGUAAAGCAUGAGACUCUUAAUCUCAGGGUCAUGAGUUCAAGCCCCACAUUGGGGAAAGGAUUCAUGCAUUGCAAGGGAUGGGACUAGAUGACCUUUGUGGUCUCUUCCAACUCUACAAUUCUAUGAUCUCUGUUCAGAACACUGCCUCCUCCAAAUUCCAGUCCAAUGUAGAAGAGGACUCCUAUCCACAUGAUAGUGAGAAAAUAGGAUUGGGCCCAACCCUUUGACCAGUUAAUUGUUUCUGCCUAAGUCAUGGUCCAUAACAAGUCUUUUAAUGGUUUGUGUAUUCUAUGGUUAAAAUAACCAAACAGAUAAAUACAUGAAAGGCACAUCAAUAGAAGUAACAGAAGGCUGGCAGUAACAUGAUUCAUUCUUCUGAACAGUUUCCCAGCAUUGUGUAAUGGACAUGAGCGCAAGGGAAGACUGUGGAUACCCAGGCAUCACUGCCGAGGAAUGCCAAGGAAGAGGAUGCUGUUUCAAUUCAUAUGUUGUUAGUACUCGGUGGUGUUUUUACCCAACAUCCGUAACAGGUAACAGAGCAGCAACUUGCUUGUGACAACAGAUGUGUCUGAAAUAGAGAGGGAUGAAGUAUGCCUACAGAGAGCAGUGUAGGGACAGCAUCUUGAUCCAUGUCCAUAGAGAUUCUGUCCUGGAAUGAGAAUACCAAAAUAUUGGACGGACUAUAAUAUUGCAUUUACUUAUUGUUGAGAUAUCACAUUUUUAUUGCAAAAUCCAUAUUUUCCAGAAAUAAAAGUAAUGGAAUUAUGAGGAUUUUGCCCUCUGUAUUUUGAAUAUUCUGAUUGUAUUUGGCAAGUCAGUGUUAGCACAGGCAUUGUCUGGUUGCUACUGGAACUGUUUCCAAGGAUACUGGACUGCAACUACAGUCUUCUGCCAUUUUAAUUUUUUUUAGUUGCCCAUUUUUCUCCCCACCACUUCAAUUCUGUGUGUAUAGGAUAUGACAGCAUGUCUCCAGCCCCAGUGUCAGCUGACUCCAGCUUCAAUUAUUUUAUUUGUAAAAAAAAAAAAAUCUUUUUGGACAAGCACUGUGAAGAGAUGUGCUGGUCAGGUGCCAUCUUCAUUCUCCUUAAUGUGUCUGGGCCCCACUCCAUCACAGAAACAGUGAGGUGAGUCCCAGAGGCAAUGGGAAUGAUUAAGAUGGCAGCAGCUGCUACUCUCUCAUCUAGUACUUGUCUUAACAACUCUGGUCUGAGGAGGAGCCAGAAAGGUAGAGCUGCCCUGCUUUCAGCAUCAUGGCCCACCGCUAUUGCCAACCACCCACACCCACUGUCAUCAGCUUCCUGGUAAGCUUGGGAGAGUAUCAGAGUGAUGCUAAGAGGAGCUAACUGAAGGACACCCAGCCAAAGCUCUGCCCCCCCUCAAAUCCUAGUGCUGGCCCUCGAUAGCACAUCUUGUAAAAACAACAACUUAUGAUUGUAGAAAUAAAUUGAAGUAAACUAAAGAUCCAAUAGGUUUGCAGAGUAUUUUAUAUCAAAAGCCUUUCCCAUUUAUUUUUCAUUUGAAUGUAUCUUCUUCCUUUACUUCAAAACAUAUCAGGAUCUUAUGCAUUCUAGAACUCAGACAUAUCCAAUAAUACUGGGAGGAAAUAGGCAGAAGAACAAAUUUACAUUGCAGGGUGCAGAAGCUUUCCUGGCUAUUAAAGUAGAUCAGCAUCUACUUUAAUAGUCAGGAAAGCUUCUCUCCUCCAUGUAUAGAGGGAUCCUUCCUUCCUUCCUUCCUUCCUUCCUUCCUUCCUUCCUUCCUUCCUUCCUUUUGGAGUCUUCAGCCUUUCACAGUAUAAAGUAAAUUCCCCCCUGCAGUGUAAACCUCAUCAGCUUGUGUGAGAGUACUAUAAUAUAAUAUAGACAAAAACUGAUUCACAAAUAUAGAGGAAUUAUGGGGCAGCUUUACUUUUUUUAAAAACAAAACAAAAACAAAAAACCCUGAGUCAAAAGUUCUUCUUUCUCAUUCUUUUUCAUUUUAAGGACCUCCCAAGAUGUGUGGAAUGGCACCAAACAAAAGGGUGGGUUGUGGAUUCCCUGGCAUCUCUGCUGAUGAAUGCUUGAAGAAAGGAUGCUGCUUUGAACAUCACCAGUAUGCCCAAAAUGUUCCCUGGUGCUUUGAACCUUUGGCGAGGCAAGGGAAUUUUUCACUAUGA